CCCUGAGUUAUCAUUCCGUCCCAGUCCACUUAGCCCAUCCAGUUAUUUUUGUACAUAAAACUCAAUAAUUAAUAUUCAAAAUUUGAAAGAUCAAAUCAAAGCACCGAAGCGGCAAAGAAGCCUGGAAGUGGACUUUGACAAACAAACCAUUUUCAUUUUUUCGGAUAUGUCUACGUUUGUUUUAUCUCCGGAAUAUGGCUAUGUAAUACUGACAGGCGUUGCAAGCGUAUUUAUGAAUGUGUAUUUGGCAUCGCAAGUGGGCAAAGCAAGAAAGAAAUUUAAAGUCAACUAUCCUAAGAUGUAUGAUGAUGAACAUCCAAUUUUUAAUUGUUAUCAGAGAGCUCACCAAAACACACUGGAAAUAUAUCCAAUGUUUCUCGUGCUUUUAUUUACUGGUGGAUUGAAACAUCCUUGCAUCAGUUCCAUUUCUGGUAUUAUCUUCAUCGCAUCGAGAAUUGUCUACGCAUUUGGUUACUAUACUGGAGAUCCUAAAAAUCGGCUACGUGGUUCUUUUGGAUACCUUAGUGCUAUCGGGAUGAUUGGGUGUUCUAUUUCAACUGCAGUCAAGUUUAUCCUUUCUCAAUAAACAGUUAUUACUUUUGUCGCUUCGGACUUUACUGAGCUUGCUUUUUUUAUACAUCAAUAAACACUGCGUUUUAGCAAAUACGUCGAAGUUUGAAUCAAACCUUUGAAUUAAGCUUCAGUUUUACAUUGGACAUAGUUAUUGUCAUACUUACAAUCAAACUUCAGGAAUAAACGUCACGUCUUUUGA